GAUUAGUCUUUGUGCGUGCGUCUCUCAGUUUCCGUUCCCGCCGAGCUUCGCACCACCGCCAACAAUGGCUUCCAUUCUCUCGAAGAAGCAAAAAAAGAAGCAGAAGACCACCACGCUUUCUCACCUCAAAACCCUAGGCCACCAGCUUCUCUCCUCCCGGGCCCACAUCAACAACCUUCCGACUCUCCUCUCCUUCGUCUCCUCCUCUUCGCCUCCUCAGUUCGCCCUCGAAUCCCUCCUCUCUCUCCACUCCUUCUUCACCCCCGUCCUCUCCGACCUCACUCCUUCCUCCGCCAAGCUCUCCGCCGCCACGGACGACCCCGACCUCAUCUACCGGACAUGGCUCCGAGCCAAGUUCCACGACUUCGUCAGGUCGCUCGUCGACGUCUCGGUUUCGCCGCAGUCUGAUGAAACUCUCAAUGAGGUUGUCCUGGAUACGUUAAUGGAGUUCGUAAAGCUUGGGAAUGGAGGAAGGUUUAACUCUGCUAUAUACCACAAGCUUAUAUACAGCAUUAUUCACUCUACAAGCCCGGUUGAUUUCGUGUUGGACUUGCUGGUUUCCAAGUAUUUCAAGUACAUUGAUGUGCGAUAUUUUACCUGCAUUAGUGUGGAAAAGAUUUCUAGGACAUUGGAAGAGAAAGGCUUCCCAGGUACAAAUGGCAACAAGGAGAAUCAUUCUAUCGAAAGCACAGAGCACUUAAUUCACAAGAUUCAUCAAGUUUUAUCCCGCAUACCCGCACUAGAAGGAUCAGUUGACAAAAUGGACCAUGAGAUGUGGAGUGAAUCAGGUGAAAAUGAAAACCUUUCCGGAGAGCAGAAAGAAGGCAAAAAGAGGAAAAGCGAGAAGAAUAAUUCGAAGGUUUUGUCUGCAUCAACUAUUGCGAAGAGGAUGAAACUAAAAUUUACUAAAGCCUGGAUUACUUUUCUUAGGUUGCCCCUUCCACUUGAUGUGUACAAGCAAGUUCUUGUCAGUCUCCAUCAGGCGGUUAUUCCUCAUCUUUCUAAUCCCGUUAUGCUAUGCGACUUCUUGACAAAAUCAUACGACAUUGGUGGUGUUAUUAGUGUGAUGGCUCUUAGUAGUCUCUACAUCCUCUUGACACAACAUGGUUUAGAGUAUCCCAACUUCUAUGAAAAGCUUUAUGCACUAUUGACGCCUUCAAUCUUUAUGGCAAAACAUCGGGCAAAGUUUUUUCAGCUUCUUGAUUCUUGCUUAAAGUCACCACUUCUCCCUGCAUAUUUGGCUUCGGCUUUUGCUAAAAAGCUUAGCCGAUUGUCAAUUUCAGUUCCUCCUUCAGGAGGGUUGGUCAUUGUAGCGCUGAUUCAUAACCUUCUAAGAAGACAUCCUUCAAUAAACUGUUUGGUGCACCGGGAAGAUGAUGAAGCUGCUAAAGAAGAUACAGAAGCAGAUAAAAGGGUUUCUGAUAAUGCAGAUGACGCUAGAACUGGGACGGAUGUGUCAGACAGAAAACUAGGCGUUGAUCAUUUUAAUGACGAGGAAAGAGAUCCGAAAAAGUCACGUGCCAUGAGAAGUUCACUUUGGGAAAUUGAUACACUCCGUCAUCAUUACUGCCCUCCUGUUUCAAGAUUUGUUUUGUCACUUGAGAAUGAUCUGACAGUCAGAGCUAAAACAACUGAAAUUUCUAUUCAAGAUUUCAGCUCAGGUUCAUAUUCGACAAUAUUUGGAGACGAGAUCAGACGAAGGGUAAAACAAGUUCCACUAGCAUUCUACAAAGCAACUCCAACCUCAUUGUUUGCUGAGUCUGAUUUUGCCGGUUGGACUUUCAAAUAUGAUGGAAAGAAAAACAAGAAUGGUGGUGCUGAAGAGAAUGAGACCACAGAAGAACUGAAAGAGGGUGAUCAUAAUACGGCAAAACGACCGCGAAUCUGAGUAUUUACCAUUGCACUCCCUUCUGUAUCUCUCUUAGGUGUGCAGAUAUUUCAUGCUUGUUAAUCAUUUCACCUAAGAGAUUUUUCCCCUUCUGGGAUGUUAUAGGUCUUCUAUUAUCUAUUCUUUCCUCAGCAACAAAUUUUGACCUGGCUUCUCCAAUACCAAUAGUGUUGACUUUGCAAAUGUACCUUAUAUUCUCUGAUGAUGUCAUUGCAGCCAUAGUUAAUUUAGUCUGAGUCUU